AUGAGUCGUAAACGGGAGAUUGUGCGGGACUCUUACGUCGGCGACGUGACCUCGUUACUCUCGAUUGACAAAUUAGACGCGCGUUAUUUACCGAGACAAACUUUGUUAGCAGGAAUCGGGAGCUCGGUCUUGUGGUACGAUCCGUUCUUCGUCGCUGAUGAUGAUGAUGAUGAUGACGACGGGGAAAAGCACCGAAGCGAGAAAGAAGACGACUUUUGCGCCGGCGGCGGAGAAGAAGACAAAGCGCCGCCAAAGAAGCGCGACGAGAAAAAUAAAAGGAGGAAAGAGUGUUUACUCGCGUCGUGCCCUGUGGCGCUCCCGGAAGGCGCGAGAGUGCACGGGAUGAGACGGGAACCGUCGUUGGACGACGCGGAGGAUUUGAGCUUCGGGGUGGUGGUUUGGGGAGCGAAUUUCGCCAGCGCGGUAGCGCUGAGGUUGCCGAAGAAGAAGACGAGAAGAAAGACUAAAGAGGAAGUAGGAAGCGCGGGUGGUGAGAGUGAGAGCGACUCGUCGGAUGUGACGUGGUAUUCCGACGAUGAUGAUGAUGAUGAUGGAUUUAGGUGCGAAUUCAUUCUCUCGGUAGGUUGCGCGUUCUCGCAUUGGGUGCACGACUGCAAAGUGUGCGCUCCGGACGCGUCUGGGGACGGGUACGGGUACCAUUCUUUAGCGGUCGCGCUUUCAGAUAAUUCGGUGGAAAGGUGGACGUUGCCGUGGAGUGUGAGCGAGUUUGAUUGUGCGCCGCGGUGUUUAGAUGUUUCUCGAUGUGCGGCGGAAAGUUUGUUGUACUGCGCGGCUUUGAGAGGGGAGACGUGGAAGCGGAUGCGAGUGUGCGCCGGGACAGCGUUCGGGGAAUUAUUGGUGUGGUUUUGCGGGAGAGAAAACAAGCAAGGCACGUAUCCAUACGCGAGUUUACAAGGGCACAACGGUGGUAUAAUGCGGUGUCGGUUUUCGGAGGAUGGGAAGUUUGUCGUGAGCGCGAGCGAGGACAGAACGAUUCGAGUUUUCGCGUUGCCGAAUAUUACGAAAGAGACGAAACAGGGAGAAGAAGGGAAAGACAAAUACGACGUCGUUUUUUUGAAAUGCGUUCGCGCGUCUGAAGUUAUAUUCGGUCACAAAGCUAGAUGUUGGGAUUGCGAGCCGUUAUCGUUGAAUAAAUACGGGAGAGGUAGUUUAGACGUCAUCGCGACGACGUGCGAGGACAGAAACGUGCGCGUUUUCGAAGCGCCAAAAGACGAAAAUGGUUUCCGGCAAGUUGUCACGAACGGCAAAGAUAGAUACGCGCUAGAGCCAUUCAAUGACAACAACGUCAACGUAAAGAAUGAGGAAAGAGCAAUCGCCACUGAGGGGAAAGGAAUUACCGGAGAAGAUAUAAAAGCGUCGAUGUGUUUCAAAGGGUUUCGCGGGAAAGGCGCGUGGCGCACGUGUUGGAUGCGUGACGAAAAGAACACGCUUUGGCUCAUCGCCGGAGGUUCAGAUGGUGGUAUCAAAAUGUACGACUGUAGUCAAGUUGAUACAGGUGUAGAUGAUGAUUGCUUUGAUGAUAGUAAUAGUGUAGAUAAAACAAUAGCGAAGACUGGUUCGCCAGAGAAAAACACCCGAGAUGGAAUGUUUGAGGAUUUUGAAACGCUCGUGCCGCCAGAUUCAGGCGUCGCUCCGGACGAGAUUGAUCCAGAAAAUCCAAACUAUAUCAAAAUAAAGAAAGAUAAUGAACGCGAAGAUUACGCCACAAUAGUUCGGGUUUUGGAAAAUCAAAUGGAUGGUACCGUAUCUGUCGUUGUGGGAACGAAUCAUGGCGUAUUGUAUCUUCUUCGAGUCGAAUCGUCGCGCACCAACGGUGAGACGUGUAAAAAGAGCGCAAGGCUUGAAGUUUUGUACAAGCCUGAACGACGUUCAAAAAUCAUAACCAUUGAGUGUGUGAGAAAUUCAAACACCGACGAGUUCAUCUUUGGCGACGCGACUGGAUAUCUGCGUCUAGCUUUCCGUUCUUCGCAAACCACUUUCAGCGUCGCCGAAAAACUCUUGUUUGAUUUUCCGGUGGCGAAGCCGCGUUUACUUUUACAAGUCUUCCACAGGCGUGAGAAGCUGUACACGCACGACGCCGAUGGAAUGUUAAAACGUUGGGACUUGGUAACAGCUAGAACGGAAAUUGCUGUCACGAUGUACGAGAAUCGUCGAGUUGUGAGUUUAGAAGAUGCGCUUGGUUUUCUCAUCGUCGGCGACCAGAGGGGCGGCGUGUGGGUGUACGAUUCGAAAACACUCUCUAAAGUCGCGUACGAAAUGUCCGCACACGGGAACAAUGCGGUGACGUAUGUUGAUAUUCGCUCUACAAAUGACAACGAUACGUUUCAGUUCAUUACCGGAGGAAGAGAUGGUGUCAUGCGUCGCUGGACAAUCGCCGCCUCUGAAAAUGGAGGUGUACGUUUGCGCGAGGAUACCAAAUGGACUUCGCCAUCAAAGAAUGCGUCUCAGUUUGUCAUCACGACGAACACCAGUACUGCAAACGAUGGUGAUCAUAUUACGCACGUCGGUGGAUUUCGACUCUCGUCGUUUGCAAUGUAUUCAUUAGUAUUAGAUCGAGAGCUUUUUAGCUUCAAUGUCGGCGCUUGGAAAACAGCGCAUCAUUUCUUAGCAACGAAAACGGGUAAAAAUGCCGUAUUCGCGCACUGCGCUAAAGCCGGGGUAGUUACCAUCAAAGUAUCAAAGCCUGGUAUAAUGAGUGUGAACGCAGAAGAUUCCAAAACUGAAGAAAGUGUAGCGAAAUCCCUACACACGUGGUCGCACGGUCGCGAAGCGCACGCGGUGGCGAUACUUCCACCUGCAGAGUCUGAUUUGGAGAGCAUCAAGAACGGCGGCAACACAUCGGUCGCCGCAGAUACCGCAGAUGAUGUAUAUUAUCGCAUGUACAAGGAUUCGUACAAUCCGUUGUGUUUGAUAACAUGCUCAGAAAGCGGUGCUAUUCAUCGUCUUUCAUGGGACCGUUACCGUCCAAUCGGUGCGCGUCUCUACGACGCUACGGUUGUAGAUACGCAAGGAGCCGGCGCCGCGGUCAAGUGUAUAUCCACGAUACAAAAGUCGCGUAAUAAGCACAUCGUCGUAACCGGCGGCGCAAAAAACAUGCUCGCUGCGUUCUUAUUUGAAUGGAUUAAGCACGAAAACAACGAAAACGAAAACGAUUGGCGAAUAUCGACGAAACGACUAGUCUCGCAAAAGUACGUUGAUUACGCGCACGGUAGAACCUGGUCGAAAGGUGUUGGAUUCAUUGAGCCGAAAAAUACAGCCGAUAAACGCGUGAUGGAUAUAUCCGCGUUCGUGCAUAAGAGAGAGGACGGAUGUGAAGUCGUUCGAUGCGCAACCAGUGGUAGCGACGGCGAAAUUGCCAUAAUCGAGCUCGAUGAAGUGUCGCGCAAGUUUGAGAAGGUGUACGCUACGUGCUUAAACGACAAGCCUGUGCUUUCGGUAUCAACCGUAACUAUCGCAAACUGCUCAUGCGCAAAUACAACGACGACUUUCCUUGCGACGGGAAGUACUGAUGGAACAGUUGCUGUUUGGAAUGCGAAUAACUUAAGCGAUCCUUUACUCAUUCUAAAAGAGACGCACCAAUCCGGAGUGAACGGUAUAUCUUUGAACGUAUACGAUGAGAAGCUGAAACUACUCUCACUCGUUACCGGCGGCGAUGACCAGAAAGUUACGGUUUCAAUUAUCGACAUCUCUUCGAUGAAAGUAUUGAAAUGUCACCAAGUCACGCUCGCGCAUGAAUCUGCGAUUCGCUCUCUUUGGUCCGACGGUACGAACGUUGUCUCUACCGGUCUCGAUCAACGCGUGCACUUUUGGGAUGUAUCCUUCGAUAAGACUUCAUCCGUAUUAACGGUUUCGAAAGCGAGCACGACUCGAGCGGAGACGCCCGAAAUUGAAAGCAUCGACGGAUACCGUCGGCCUCGCGAUGGAUUUAUCGAGCUCGCCGUGUGCGGCCGAGGCGUCCAAACCUUCUCCUCGCACGUUCACUCUGACUUUGAGCACGCCAUCGAAAAGUUCACCAGUUUAUCCACGAAAGAGUGGAACGCAAAAUACGGUCCUGGAUUCCCAAACGUCGCGGAACUUUUACUUCACGUAGACAAACGCGACGGCGAAGGACCAAAAAUGGACUCGAGGCGAGCGAGAUUGUUCCCAGAUGACCUCUUCAGAGAAGUAGAUAUUAAAGAAGAAGAGCGCGCGAAUCAAACAGCGUACGGAAACAAAAACCGACCGAAUGGAAAAGGUAGUAAAUUUCCCUUCGCGCGGCCGACGCGCGAGAGCGCGCACGUCUCUCCCCCGUGA